AGAGCCCACGCACGCGUUCUUCGCUCUGAGGCAAGCCUUCAAGGGUCUUUCUGCUCUCCUCGUAGCGCUCCAGACGAUACAGGCAGUACGCCUUCUCGAACAGGAGUGAGCCUUUGGCGACAGACUUACGAGAGAGCGAGUCGAUAAGCUUCAGAGCCUCUCCCAACUCUGACAUUUGAACGAGGCAGACUACCUUGCAGUGAAGGGCGUCGGGGUCCCCGGGAACGAUAGCAAGAAUCUUCUCGACCGUCUUGAGGCCUUUUUCGUAUUCCCCGUCCUCCCCAGCUGCCUGGAGCUGCGAGAACAGUCUCGCCAGCUUCUGUUCCUCGUCUACUUCUUUAUUGGACGCCAUUUUAUUGACACGUGUUGCUGUGUGCACUCCGAACUUCGUACUUAGAACUCACGUGUUUACAAACAAGUCGGUGUAGAGUUCCCUGACAUGAUUAUCUCACACUUCCCGCGUUGUUGUCAGCACUUCAUCACAAACCUAGGCUGCCCUCCUUCAUUGUAGGUUACAAAAACCUGAAGGUAAGCUGUUUGUGCUCUCUCUUCAGCCUCCGAUCACUCAUCUAUGGUGUGGUUAUAUGGAAGGAACGAGUGUAUAUGGAUAAGGGAGGAAAGAAGGAGGCGGAGACAGAGAGGGAGGAGAGAGAGCCGGGGAGGUGUGCUCUGUUCAUAAGGAAGAGAGGCCGCUACUGUAGAAUGCCUGUUACCAAGGGGAGAGAGUACUGUGGAGAGCACCUGACCUACGACCUUGAUCCGGGUGCUUCAUCUGUGAAGAGAAGGAUCCCUUGCCCUCUUGAUCCCCACCAUACUGUGUAUGAGCAUCAGCUGCAGAUACACCUCAGGAAGUGCAAUGCCGCAAAGAAAGGUGUUCCUAUUUGCUACAGAGCCAAUGUCAACACUGGUAUAACAGACUACCAGCCUUCAGCGGAAGAAAAGAAACCGCUGUCAGCAUUCAGUCAGAGCCAAAUAGACGCUGUCAUUGCAAAGGUGGAGCAAGUAUAUCAAGAAUAUAUGGGUGACAUUGAAGAGGUGGUGUUGGAGCAUCCGGUGAUGAACUCUGACCUCUCCGACCCUGCUAAUGGAGCAACGGCUCUAAAACACAUACGACAACAGGCUUCUAUUCUUGGUCAUCUCGAGAGGCUGCAGUUGAUUCGGCCAGACACUUGUUUCGUAGAGUUUGGAGCUGGCAGAGGGAAGCUGUCCAACUGUCUCCAGAGAGUGUGUGUAAACGAUGACACUAUGCACUACCUUCUAGUGGACAGAGAUAGCUGCAGGAGAAAGAAAGAUGUGUACCUCCGUGGUGAUCCCAGUAAUGAGGCCAGAGUUCAGCGACUCAACAUUGACAUCGAACAUCUUGACAUGGAGUUGAAGUGGUCCAGAGACCUGAGGUGAAACACGUGGUGGCCGUCAGCAAACACCUCUGUGGCUCUGCUACUGACCUGACUCUACGAUGUCUCCUAGAGACUCUGCCACAUGACGACCAUCAACCAAUGAGAUCAGAGAACCCUGAUGAUGUAACAUUGCAUCAUCAAGUUGGUCCAGCCAAUCCACCAGAUGCAAAGAGAGUCUGCACUCACCGUGACUCUGCAUCCAAACUGAGUGGAAUAGUGAUAGCUCUCUGCUGCCACCAUCGCUGCUCCUGGGGCCAGCUGGCCGGGACCCACUGGCUGGAUGGGCGUGGUUUCUCUCCAAUUGAUGCCCACCUGGUGUCCAAAAUGACUAGUUGGGCCGUAUGUGGUGUCCGCAGUCCAGACAGGGACUCUGAACACGACAUGGAACACAAGCACUCCUUUGCAGAAACAGGUGCUACCACGACAACAGACUCAACCCACCAUGUGGUUACCAUGACAACAGACCACACCCACUCAAACAUUACCACAAAAACGAGCUCCACCCCCCACCCUCCGUCGUACCACCCCCACCCGAGGGAGGAGGUGGGGUUAAAGUGUAAGAGAGUGUUGGACCUGGCGAGACUGCACUAUCUGAGGGAGAGAGAGAUGGAGGGGAGACUCCUGUACUUUGUCUCUCGUAGCACCUCACUGGAGAAUGUACUGCUUAUUGCUACACCAAAGACAAACCUGUGACUUACCAAAGUCUAACCUUUUGUCAUUUUUAUGCAUAACUUCUUUUGUCACACUAUGUAUGUGGCAUUUCCUAUAUAACAGCAGGUAAAAAGUCUU